CUACCAUUGGGAGCAAAUGUUUACAAUUCCGACGCAACCCAAACUGUUUUCCGCAAGGCUGCCGUUUUUCGUUAAGUAAGUGACGACACAGUUCAGUUGAGUUAUCAAAGAAUAAGCCGCUAGUUUUUGUGAACCAUCCCCGUAAACGGUUAGUGAUUUGGUGCUGCAGCCAUGACGACCGCGGCCCGUCCAACGUUCGAGCCGGCGCGCGGAGGCUCGUCCCGCUCGGAGAAGGACCUCUCGGCAAUCAGCAAGCAGUACUCGUCGCGCGAUCUGCCGGCGCACACCAAGCUGAAGCAGCGUGAGCCCGGCCAGGGGACGACUGAGGAGCUGCGCGGCAGGGACUUCCGGCGCGAGCUCGAGGACCGAGAGCGGCAGGCGCGCGACAAGCGCGGCGACUCCGGCUCGGGCGGCCGCAAACAGCGCGCCGAGCCGCUGCCGGCCGCCAGUCUGGACGUGGACGACGCCAUCGACGAGGACGACUCUGACGACGAGUCGGACGACGACGAGGCGGAGCUGAUGGCCGAGCUGCAGCGGAUCCGCAAGGAGCGCGCCGCAGAGGCCGUCCGCCGAGACGCCGAGCGCAAGGCCGAGGAGGAGCGCAUCCGCAUGGAGAACAUCCUGAGCGGCAACCCGCUGCUGGCCGGCAGCGCUGCCGCCAAGGGCGACGCCCGCGUCAAGCGCCGCUGGGACGACGACGUCGUGUUCAAAAACUGCGCCCGCGCCGAGCCCGACCGCAAGCAGCCCCGCUUCAUCAACGACGCACUCCGGAAUGACUUUCACAAGAAGUUCAUGGACAAAUAUGUGAAGUGAGUUGUGUUGUGGGGUAACUUGUGAUGUUGAACUGAGACAAUACUAGUGUUUUAAGUAUUUGGCUCUCUGUGAUCACCUCAACCACUGAAAUAUGAGGUGUUAUGGGAGCUGCUUCAAACUCUCGCUACUACGAUGAGUCAGAUAUUGCAUUCUCGCCGGCAGCAUCGACUGUGAAGGUAAUUAACUACUCGGAUUUAAUCAUGUCGCAUUGUACACCUUACACCGUUCCGGCCACCGUUUACAUAAUAUCUUAGUUGUACUCAGACAUAUUGCACUCUGUACAUGGCAAUUUGGUACCGUAUUUUUGUCGCUACAGUAUCGCUGAUGAGACUGGGCAAACGUAUAUGUUAGCGAAUCCAUGGCAAUAAAAGCCAUCUAUCAGUCAAACAAUGCAGUACCAAGACGUCGCUUUAACGCAUUCCUCAACCCUUCAAGAGUGAAACUUUUUGCUGUUCUGUUUUGAUUCUGGGCGGUAAAAAAGUUUUGAUGUUGAUGAUUUAGCGUUUAUAAAUUGAAAGUGCAUUUCAUCGUACAGCUGUGUAGUGCGCAUGUUCAUAAGUCGAACUUGUGCUACAUACUCUGUCACAUUAGUUUGAAUAAACUGGAUGACCAUUUUA